GAGACGGAAGCAGCCGCAGGCAUGGCGGCGGCCUUGCCGCUCGCCGUGCUCGGGUUGCUGCUCCUGGGGCCGGGCGGCAGGGGCCAUGCAGAGCCCCCACGCGACACCCUGCGGGAGGAGCUUGUUAUCACCCCACUGCCGUCUGGGGACGUAGCCGCCACAUUCCAGUUCCGCACACGGUGGGAUUCCGAUUUGCAGCGGGAAGAAGUGUCUCAUUAUAGGCUGUUUCCCAAAGCCCUGGGGCAGUUGAUCUCCAAGUAUUCUCUUCAAGAGCUGCACUUGUCAUUCACACAAGGCUUCUGGAGGACUCGGUACUGGGGGCCACCUUUCCUGCAGGCCCCAUCAGGUGCAGAACUCUGGGUCUGGUUCCAGGACACCGUCACUGAUGUGGAUAAAUCUUGGAAGGAGCUCAGUAAUGUCCUCUCGGGGAUCUUCUGCGCCUCUCUGAACUUCAUCGAUUCUACCAACACGGUCACUCCCACUGCCUCCUUCAAACCUCUGGGGCUGGCCAAUGGCACUGAUCAUUCCUUCCUGCGCUACGCUGUGCUGCCGCGGGAGGUCGUCUGCACGGAGAACCUCACCCCCUGGAAGAAGCUCUUGCCCUGUAGCUCCAAGGCAGGCCUGUCUGUGCUGCUGAAGGCUGACCGCUUGUUCCACACCAGCUACCACUCCCAGGCAGUGCACAUCCGUCCUGUGUGCAGAAACGCGCGCUGUACCAGCAUCUCUUGGGAGCUGAGGCAGACCCUUUCCGUGGUGUACGAUGCCUUCGUCACAGGACAGGGGAAGAAAGACUGGUCCCUCUUCCGGAUGUUCUCCCGAACCCUCACAGAGCCCUGUCCCCUGGCGUCGGAGAGCCGUGUCUACGUAGACAUCACCGGCCACAACCAGGACAAUGAGACGUUGGAGGUGAACCCGCCCCCAACCACCACAUACCAGGACGUCACCCUCGGGACCCGGAAGACCUACGCCGUCUACGACUUGCUUGACGCAGCCGUGAUCAACAACUCCCGUAACCUCAACCUCCAGCUCAAGUGGCGGAGCCCUCCCGAGCAUGAGGCCCCUCCGGCGCCGUUCCUGCACGCCCAGCGAUACGUGAGUGGCUACGGGCUGCAGAGCGGGGAGCUGAACACGCUUCUGUACAACACUCACCCGUACCGGGCCUUCCCCGUGCUGCUGCUGGACACUGUGCCCUGGUACCUGCGGCUCUACGUGCACACUCUCACCAUCACCUCCAAGGGCAAGGAGAACAAACCGAGUUACGUCCACUACCAGCCCGCGCAGGACCGGCUACAGCCACACCUCCUGGAGAUGCUGAUCCAGCUGCCGGCCAACUCGGCCACCAAGGUCUCCAUUCAGUUUGAACGGGCGCUGCUCAAGUGGACCGAGUACACCCCGGACCCCAACCAUGGUUUCUAUGUCAGCCCGUCUGUCCUCAGUGCCCUUGUGCCCAGCAUGGUGGCAGCCAAGCCCGUGGACUGGGAGGAAAGCCCCCUCUUCAGGUCCCUGUACCCGGUCUCGGACAGCUCCAGCUACUUUGUGCGCCUGUACACGGAGCCGCUGCUGGUGAACCUGCCCACGCCGGACUUCAGCAUGCCCUACAACGUCAUCUGCCUCACGUGCACCGUGGUGGCCGUGUGCUAUGGCUCCUUCUACAAUCUCCUCACCAGAACCUUCCACAUCGAGGAGCCCAGCACAGGCGGCCUGGCCAAGCGGCUGGCCAACCUCAUCCGGCGUGCCCGUGGUGUCCCCCCACUCUGAGAUUUGCCCCCUGCACAGCGGGGCUGCUCUUGCUCCCUGGGGAGGGCUGCUGGUGGCCCCAAGGGCUCUUUCUGCCACUUGCUCUCUCCAGAGUUGGUGUGUAAACCAGACUGGCCCUGGCUGAGGCCGGGGCAUAGCUGUGCUGUCUAGUUCAGUAGCCCUGAGCCAGGUGUGGCAUUUGAAUUUAAAGUAAUUUAAAAAUUCAUUUCCUCUGCUAUUCCAGCCAUAUUUCAAGUGCUCAGUAACCAAAGUGGUUCGUGGCUGCUCUCUUGGACAGUGUGGACAAACGUUUCCAUCACAGCAGAAAGCUCUAGGACAGGAUUGACCCAGAUAUGCUGUGGAGAACUUGUAUUACUGUAGUAGCUGGGACUUACCGGUUGUGGAAUAAAAGCGGCUUCCUUGGUU